UUUGCUUUAUUUCUCUUUAAUGCAGUCACAUCCCACUGCUGUUGGUUUGAAUGGAAAACCAUUUCCUCAAUUUGACAAUUUGGAGAUUGUGUUUGGGAAAGACAGAGCAACUGGGGCUCAUGCAGAAAGUCCAGCUGAUGCUGCAUUUCCUAUGUAUAAUGAGUAUUAUCAACAAGGAGGAGAGGGUGAGCCUGAAGUAAACUUGAAUGAAGAUGAACACAAUGUUGAGUCACAAAUUCCACAAACACCUAUCUAUAGCACAACUGAAGGAGCACCAAUGAAUCAAUCUGAAGCUUCUGCAUCUAGAGGUGGAAGACGUGGGGGGAAAAAAGCCACACACAACGAUGACAUUUCUGAGAGCUUAGUCACUUCUCUGAACAAAUUAGGUGAGUUUUAUGCUGGAACUGUUGGUAAUAUGCAACAACUAACAUCUUGCUUUUUACCUGAGAAACAAACUGCUGAUCGGAGGAGUCAAGUUGCUGAUAUGUUGGAAGAAAUAGAAGGAUUAACUCCGAUGGAGGUGGUAAGGGCAGCUAUCUUGAUCACCAACGACAACAAUCUUUGUGACUGCUUUUUCUCCAUGCGUACUCUUGAAAGGAAGACGGAUUUUGUGCGCUGUGUUUUAAAUAACAAUGGUGCAUGAAAAAACUUGGAGUGUCUACUUUGCUUAAAUCUUCAUCGUAGGAAUCUUAUGCAUGAACUAUAUUUAUUUCAGUUAUUUCCAGUUAGUUUUAUUUGUAUUUCUUGUUUAGGACAAGUCUUUAUUAAGUUAAACUAUCUAUGCAGUUUUAUCUAAUUGAAUAAAUAUUUGAAUUUGCUUUUGAGUAAUGAUUUUCCACUUAGAUUUAAUUAGAUUGUUGUGUUCAUGAAUAUGGUGGGUUGUUGGUUUGGUUUCAAGCCAAGUUGUCAUGUGGAUAGGGGACUUAUAAUACAGUACAAGUUUAGUGGAGGGAGUUGUGGAUGUGUGACACUUCUUGGUGUUGCCAAAUUGAUCACAAGUUUUAGUUCUUAUGAUUGAUGUAUGAUCCC